UUCCGAGCACUGUUGAGCCACUCAUCGAUCCUCGUCACACCGCCUUACUUCUUCAAAAAAUUCGACGGACAGUGAAAAUGGAUAGUCGUGAAUCGAGGAAAAUGGAUACGCGGUGCCUCUGUUGAAGAAACCGUUGCACGUUUUCCCUUCGGUGAAAAUGUGAUUUCCAUGGGACAUCACGCGAUCGCGUAUGAUAGUAGAGAACAUGAAGGACCGGAUAAUGACCUCUUGCCGUUUACUCUCUUUAUUCGCCACGUACUUGGGAAUUUUCUCGAUCGCACUAUGUCAAAGUACUUGUCCCACAAGGUGUUUGUGCCACCUCGACCAACAACCAAGAACCGUCACCUGCUCGCAGCAAGGUUUGGAAAUAUUCCCCGAAAAUAUAAGCGACAUGGUGGAGCAACUAAACUUAUCGAAUAAUUUGCUGACGAAUAUCACAGUUAGUGAUGUUAAUCGACUGAUAGAUUUACAGUACCUGAAUUUAGCAAGGAAUAAAUUAAGUUCACUGCCCGAGGAUAUAAGUUUCCUAAAAAGCUUGAAAAGAUUGGAUCUAAGCGACAACAAAAUAUACGACGUCAUUGAUAUUAAUUCCGUUCGGCAAUUGCCAUCUUUACUGGUUCUGCAUCUGUCGAGAAAUCCAUUAUCCAGUUUGGAGGGUUUAAUAAGCGCUAAUAUUACAGUUCUGGAUGCUAGUCAUUGCGGAAUACGGGAGCUGAGUAAUACAUCCUUAGACGGCCUGAAAGCGUUGACUACUCUUAGCUUAGCAGGGAACCCGUUGAAAUUAAUCCAGAAAGUGUGGAGCCCAAAAUUACGCUGGCUUGAUAUGUCUGACUGUCGUUUGAAUUACCUGGGUCCCGAUACUUUCAGUGGAUUGCCAGAACUCCUGGAGCUUCAACUUUCCAACAACCCUACAUUAGUCUACAGUACCAGACACACAACACUGAAACACUUAAAACUGAAGAAGCUAGAUGUGUCGCGAUGUAACUUGGACAGACCUGGCCUCCACGGACUUCCAUCGUUGACUCACGCUCGACUAUCUCACAACAUAAUUCGCAUGCUGCCGGAUCGAAUUUUCGCGAAAAAUCGAGAACUCAGUUUUCUGUACUUGAACACGAACGCCAUUGAAAAUUUGAACGCGAGCGCCUUCGAGGGUUUGGUGAAACUUCAAGUGCUAGACUUAUCGGUGAACAAUUUAGAUAUGAUUCAUCCGUUGAUAUUUCAUGAAAAUGUGGAACUUAAGUUGCUCAAUUUAUCUUACAAUACCCUGCACGAAUUUCCAAAUCUUACGUCAGCGGUGACGUCAUUGGACGCAUCAUCGAACGAGAUCAGUAAUAUGAAUGGAAACUUUUUGGCAAACAUGCCGAAAGUAAGGAGCAUCAAUUUCAGCGAUAAUCGUCUAGAAAGAAUACCACCUGGACUGAAAUCAACGACGUUGAGGAACUUGGACUUACGAAGAAAUAGAAUAGUUGAUGUACACAAAGACACCUUUCUCCAUUUGCCGCAGCUGAUAAGGAUCGAUUUAUCAGGAAACCGAUUGACUGGAGCUAUAGAUCCGAUGAUCUUUCGAAACAACCCAGACAUAAAUACCAUCAAAUUAGAGGACAAUCCGUGGCGUUGCGAUUGCAAAGAAUUACUCUUUAUGUACUCCUUUCUAACGGAACCACCCGCGAAAACUUUUGAGCAAAGUUUACUCUGUCAGACACCGGCGAAUGUGUCCGGUUACACUUGGAUAACUGCUUGUUUCGACGCGUGGAACGAACCUUUGUAUUAUAACAAAGACAGAACCUGGGGAUUUGUAAUGAUCGCUCUUCUCAUGAUGGUUGUUUUAUUCGGGAGCUUCGUAUCCAUCAGACACAUGAUGAGGAUCAAAAGAAGAGCCUUGGAGCAAAGGCAGCAAUUAGAAACCUUGAGACUGCUAAGGCAAAGAAGGACUCAAGCAGCACAAGAAGAACACGUUGAGCGCGUACCAGAACCAAGAAUCCACCCUCUUGAAUUAGUAGGGCCGCCCAGUUACGAAGAAGCAAUACAGAUGCCAAGGUUAGCACGAUCCUUGGACAAUUUAGACGAAAUUUCAGUAGAAAUGUCUACGACGCGUAUCAUGGGUUCUGUUGAUAAUAUAAGAGUUAAACGGCGAACGAGAAGGCCGAAAAAGAGGAUUCAGAGCGAAGACGACUUGCUCAGAAGGGGUGAACGUCGACAGGAAAGAAUUAGAAGAGAGAGGAAUAGCUCCGCCGGUAACAGCGGAACCGACUUACCACUGAGUCAAAGGAAUUCGAAAGUCUACGCAGCGCGUAGAGCCAGAAGGCAGAGUGUGAUAAGCGAUUCUAUGGAUUCGGCUAGCGGAAGAACACGUUCCAGACCACAAACCCCAAGCACUAGGAAAAAGAAACGGAGGUACACAGUUUACGAUGGCCACUCAACUGAUGACGAAGACUCGGAUAUUCAACCAGUUGGCUCGAGUAGAUCGAUCGUCAUCAGAGAACUCCGAAGAGAACCUAAAGGCGGUUAUAGAGAAUCUACUACAGAACGAGAAUUUUAACAAUCAAUUGGUUAAAUUUUUCACAUGAACUUUCAUUACGUUUUGAUACUUCGAAGAAUUUAGUUCUUUGCAAAAAUCGUGGUCAGUCGUCAUCUUACCAGCCCAGAGAUUAAUUAGUAUUACAGGUCGGAACAGUGAUAAAGCAAUAACAUUUCCUCGUUGUUCUAUCGGAUAAUCAAAUGUUUCACUUCGUUGCUAGAACAAUAGAAUAAGGAUAAAAUAUGCAAUGAAUCGUGAAAAUUUCGCUCAAUGGUGUAUUCCGUACCAAAACUAUCAACAAAAAUUUACUCUUCUCUACUUCUUUAUGGUAACAUUGUACAAAUUUAAUACAGAGGAGUAAAAAAGACAACACAUUUAAAAUCGUUGAAAGCGAUAUAGAGUGU